AUGGAACUCCUUCUCGAGAUUUUUCUUGUUGUUUUGACUGUCUUUGUGGCAAUGGCAUUCUAUUAUGAACACCCCAAGGCAGAAAUCCCUCAUGGAUUUAGUCAGCGCCGAAAGCUUUACUUUUUUCACUACGUCCUGAACUUUGGGUUUGGUCUGGCAAAAUUUUUGGAAAAACUAGGUAUCACCUCAGAGGUCUAUUUCCUCAGGGCUGCAAUGGAUGGAAUACCACCAUUAAAAGAUAAACAUCUUUUUAUGAAGAACUUAAGGUUUGAAAAGGUUAAAGUAAGAAUUUACCAGCCAAAGAUGUCAAUUAAUGGUCAAAGAAGAGGAAUCCUUUAUUUCCAUGGAGGAGUUGGACGGUUUGGAAGCAUUCGUGCCUAUGAAAGAACAUGCCGCUAUUUCGCUAGAAAAACCAAUUCAGUGGUUGUGUCUGUUGGGUAUCGCUUAGCUCCUGAGUACCCAUAUCCAACCCAGUUUGAGGAUUGUCUCACUGCCACCGUACACUUUAUGAGGACUGCACAAGAUUACGGAGUAGACCCUUCCCGCAUUAUCGUCUGUGGAGACAGCAGUGGAGGUACACUCACUGCUGCUGUUGCCCAAGCACUGGGGACCAGAAGAGAUCUCCCAAAGCUGAGAGCACAAAUCCUAAUAUAUCCGUAUCUCCAGUGUGUGGACUUUAAUUUGCCUUCUUAUCAGCAGAACGAGGGAGUCCCCAUUUUGUUAAGGGAACGAACCCUUGUUCUUGGUUUGAAGUAUCUUAAUAAAGACUUGUCUGUCGUGGAAGCAAUAUUGAACGGUUCUCAUAUUCCAGAAGAUUUGCAACUGAAGUAUCAGAAAUGGGUGAGUCCUGACUACAUCCCUCAUGAGUUUAAAACAAGAGGCUACAAACCAAGUACAACACAACCAUUAUUCUCAAAAGAAGCCUAUACAGUGAUCAAGCCCAUGUUUGACACUGUUUUUUCACCAAUGCUAGCUGAAGACAGUGUUAUUGCUCGACUUCCUGAGACUUUCAUUUUGACCUGUGAAUUUGAUGUGCUUAGAGAUGAUGGACUGCUGUACAAGAAACGGUUAGAGGAUCAUGGUAUAAAAGUAACCUGGUGCCAUUUGCAAGAGGGGUUCCAUGGAACAGUAUUCUUAGCUCUUUAUGGUGAGCUGAUAGGAUUCCGAUCUGGAAAGAAGGGCCUGGAAAGGAUAGUAAAUUUUCUAAGAUUGAUGUAA